AUGCUUUUUGCGUGUUUCGGCAAAAAACGGAAGAAGAAAAUCGAAAGCGAAAAAACGCCGACGGUCUCGGUGAUCUAUGGAAAUGAGGUGAGUUGUGUUUUAUUUUAUUCUGAGAAUUCUUUCCUCGGGUUUUUAUAAAGCUUGGCUUUAGAUUCGUGAUAAAUUUUAUAUUAUACUAGACCAUUCGAUCGAAAUUUUUUUAUUCUCCGGGAAUUUCUCAAUGUGCGAUGCUUAGAUUUUAAUGAAAGUAGGAACAAAUUGAAACUAGAAUUUUCUAAAACAUAUGCCAGAUUUUUGGCUUGCACUUUGCAGCAACCAUUGAGAUUUUUUGGCCGAAAAAUGCCGGAAAUUCGAGAUUUUUUGGGAUUUUCGAAAUGAAAAAUUGGUAGAAUGGAACACAGCGUUUCUACAAAACGCCUUUUUUGUAGAAACAUUGUAGUCCGAGACCAAUUUUUCACUUCGAAAAUCGCAAAAAAUCUCGAAUUUCUGGCAAUUUUUGACCGAAAAAUCUCGAUGGUUGCUGCUAAGUGCAAGCUAAAAAUCUGGCGUAUGUUUUAUAAAAUUCUGGUUUCAAUUUGUUCCAACUUUCAUCAAAAUCUAGGCGUCGCGCUUUGAGAAAUUCCCGGAGAAUAAAAAAAUUUCGAUCGAAUGGUCUAGUAUAAUAUAAAACUUCUCUCUCGAGUUAUCGCGAAUGGAAUUUAGACCUAUAUCCCGUCGCAGAGCCCAGGAACGGCCUCAUCUUCAGUUCAACCCAUCCAUGUCAGUAUUCCGUUGGAAAUAAAUCAUAACACAAACGCCUCCGGCAUUCCGUUAGCAAAUCUAGCCGAUUUCGAAAGCGACAAUGAGACGACUUCGCAAACAUCGUCAGAGAAAAAGAGCAGUGUAAAAACGAGUGAGGAGUUUGAAAUCAUCGAAAUCGAUGAGAAUUCGAAUGAAUCCGCCAAAUUCCGAAAACUGGAAGAUGUGGAUGCCAACAAACUGCCCCGACCAUUCUCACAAUACGAGAAAUUUACGGUUAUAAAGCAUAAACGUAUGUUUCAAAACUUGUUUUCCUCAAUUUUAGAGAGUAAUUUCGACGGUGGAAGUAUUUUUUGUGUCCCACCGCGAAAACUUUAUUUUUCAGCCAAUUUUUCGCUUUUAUUUCGAAACUGCAUUUCCCUUCCGACUUAUUUGGAUCAGAUAGUUGUGAAACCAAGGCAAUCCCUAAGGCCAAUGGAUGUGAUUGUCACCCAUCCAACAGAUCCAAUGCCUACAAAACGGCGUCGAAACACACGGAUCCCGAAAAGAAUGUCAAAAAGUGUUCAUAGUAGGUUUUUUUUGCCUUUUCAGGUCACAAUUUUUACUGAAUCUUCGAUUUUUUUAAUAUGCAAAUUUUCGAAUAUGCAAGUUUUCGAAUAUGCAAAUUUUUCGAAUUUCCAGGUCACGGCGACUACGAGAAAUUGCGUCGAAACAUUUUGGGCCGAAAAUAUUUACUGACGAAAACAGCGGAUGGCAACGAAUGGGUCCGCGUUGGCGGCGGAUUCGAAUCCUCAGACGCGUUUGAGCGCCGAAAAUCUCGAUUAACCAUGGGACGGAAGAAAUACGGAACGUCCCCGGAUAUAUUUCAAUAUAAAAUAAUUACGAUUAAAAAGAAGUAA